UGUUGGGCUCUGGACAAAAGUCCGCUCUACUGGACUUAUAAACUGGACUACUGGACUUAUAAACUGGACUACUGGACUUAUAAACUGGACCACUGGACUUAUAAACUGGACCACUGGACCUAUAAGCCCAGUUCCAGUUCAAUUUUACUGGACUUAUAAGCGAGCCCAACACUGA